CUUCGUUAUAAGAAUAUCCCAGGCGUUUCUUUCACAAUGGAUAUUAAAACUGCGGGACUCUAUAUUUUACAGGAUGCUGCCUCAGCUCAAUUCACCGAGAACAACACAGACUGUCAGGCAUCAUCUAGAUGUACAUUAGAUUCCGAUACAACACUAGCAGCCUUUCAAAACUGGAUUCAAACAACAGGAACGGGAAUACCUCCACACGAUCAUGCAAUGCUUUUUACUAGACAUGACAUUACAUUGAUGGAUAGCAGUAACGCUACAGGCUAUGCUUAUCUUGGAGCAAUGUGCACAGAUCAAAGUGUUUCUAUAGUCGAGGAAGAUUUCAACUUUAUAUCACAAACAAUUGCUGCUCAUGAGCUAGCACAUAGUUUGAGUGCAGUUCAUGACGAGCUUGAUAAUACUUGUCUGUCAUCAAGUCGUAACAUUAUGGCUGCUGUUAGUCAAGCCAUCAGUGGAUCAACAUCAACAAAUCCGUGGAAGUUUUCAUCCUGUAGCGGACAAGAAAUAAAUACACGAAUAAAUACAAUAGAGAGUUCUGGCAAUAAAUGUUUAUCAACAACAAUUUCCAGCAAUCAUAAUAGCCUUGAUUCAUAUUUAACACAGCCGAUUGGCCAAUCAUAUACUGCUGAUCAGCAAUGUAAGAUGGCAUUUGGUGUUUCAUCGUUUGUAUGCAGGUUACCGUACGUUAAUGCUGGUAGUUUUCAAACCGCAUGUACAGGCUUGUGGUGUGUAAAUCCACAUUUAGCAAACCAAUGUUCCUUGAUUUUACCGGCUGAGCGGACGUCUUGCGGUAAUGGAAAGUGGUGUGAAGGUUAUCAGUGUGUCACUUCAUCAACUGCUCCCGCACUGACAGAAAAUUGUGUGUUUGGUGAUCAGACUGGUGUGAUUGUCCUAGAGAAAACUUGUCCUUCUCUCAUCCUGCAGCAAUCAUACAGAUGCUAUAACCCAACUAUUUAUCCACAAUGCUGUAAAUCUUGUAACAAUAUUGCUACAGGUGUAACCGGUUGUGAGUUUGGAGAUAAAAUAGACUGUUCUGCCAUUACGAGUUAUGGUUGUUAUGCGAAUGGUGAAAACUGCUGUAAUACCUGUUCACCGUAUAUCACAAACAUACCAGAUUGUAAUUAUGGUGACCGUUCAAAUUGUUCUAGUAUAAAAGGUGGCGACCAAUGUUACGGGGAUAAUGGAAACACGUGCUGUCAAACUUGCACACAGUUUAAAUCCACUAUAGCAGAUUGCGAGUUUGGUGAUAGGGCACCCAACUGUGACAUUAAUUUAUGCCCGACUUAUAGUGAGACAGACAGGAACUUGUGUUGUUACACGUGUAACGGGAUAACUCCAGCGUCCCCAUCAUCAAGCCCAAAUAAUCCUGAAACAACUACAUCUUCCUCGACAGCACUACCAGUAUGGGUACUUCCAGUUGCCAUAUCUACCGGCUGCUUACUCUUGUUAAUUCUAAUUAUUGCUAUUGUAUGUUGUAUAAGAAUGUCUAGACGAACUCAUAGGAAACCAUCAAAGGCACCUCUUAAAAACGUAGUAUCACAUGACAAGAUAAGAUAUCAAAAUGAUUAUGCCUUACAAGGUGGACCAAGGAAACAUCAGCCAGAACUACGGAAACAUUCGCCAAAUGGAGAGAUGCGUCCACCCCCAGUAAAGCGACAGGUCUCCCAUGGUGCUAUUAAAACACAAUCGUCGACACGACCUAUUUCUAAAGAUGCUUUCCCAUCCCAAGACAAUCGCCGAUACAAAAGACCACCAACUGGGCGUCAAGGUUCCAAAAGCAAUCAUUUUUCGCCGCAGAGAUCAAAACGAGAUGACCAGUACUAUUCAAACAGAUAUUAAUCAAAUGCAAAAAAGACAGGAAUCCAAUUUGUACUGGUCCUAAAAGAUUACAGAUGUGUAGGACAACACUUAAACUAUAUUUCAAAUGAUAAAUACGUGUAUUCUGUUCAAUCAUAAAUAUCCGUUAAUAGUAUAAUACUCAAAUUUCUAAAUGGUGAUAUCACUGACGGGACUUGAAUCAUUAUUACAAAGCUAUAUUGUGUAUCAAAAUAUCAAAUGAUAACUUUUUUUAAGUACAAACUUUGCAUAUUUUUAUAGACCUUAUAUAUUGGCCCUCUUUCUCCUAGAAAAAUACGCGAAAAUAAGAAAGAACCGUAAAUUUAUAAAAUCUGAAACCGUAAAUUUUAAAACAAUUACGAAUGCUUUAUUGCGUUGCAUUGCUUAUUAUGUAUACAGAUGACUAUCAAUUGGAAUUAAAAUUGUUUAAUGAUUUAAUGAUGCAUUUUGAACUUGACCCACUUGAUGUAUUUGUAUAAUAUUUGGAGUUAUGACAGUUUACUAUCAUUGAACUUUUUGAAGGGAAAAAUAGUAGAAAAUAUAAAGCUUUGUAAUAUUCAAUACAAGUAAAUCUUUUGCAUGUGUCCUUGAUUUUUCAGGCUCUUCUAUAAUAUAAACUAAGAUAAUGUCUCUCAGUUUAUGACAUAGUUUUAAGUUAGAUAUAUACAACUCUUUCUGACAAUAUUAUAUAUACUUAGAGGCAAUGAUAUUAUUUGUAGUAAAACAAUUAUAAUGUUUAAAGUUUUCCCGUAUCGCGAAGCUUUGAAUUUAUGUUUACUUUCAAAAUGCUGACAAUCAAACUGAAUACAAAGAGAUAAAAGUCUGGGAACGACUCUAGAUUUGCUUUGCAAUUUAUAUGUUUUUA